UCCGGGGAAAAUACUUAGGGAGAUUGUCAAUGAUGGAUUAUACUUUGCAUCUACAGGCCAUUCCACUGGGCACACAUCUACAAGCAAGGGAAAAUGGAGAAUCCCAAAACUGACAAGAAAGUGAACUGAAGUGUGGUAUGAAUGUAUUACAAGCUCCAUAUUAAAACACAACUUGCUGUGUGCAUUUGUUAAUCAACCUACGAGGCAAAGGCUAUCUUCACUCCAUUUUAGCAUUUAUCACGAAGACAAAACCGUACUAUUUGUCUAAUCAUAAGCUCGCUUGGGUAGAGAAGGUGGCAGUCUCGUCGGGACCACUCUCUCGCUUCACCAACAAACAUCUGCAAAUAACAUGGCACAAUUUCUUUCAGCAUUAGCACCGCUUGAGCUCCUUAUUGAGAUACUAGAAUUGAGCGAGACACCAGCUGACGUACUCAACUCUGCUCUCACCUGUCGGCGCAUGCGAGAUGCUUGGAGCACAGGACAGGCUGGGCUUCGAGUAACCUGGACGCUGCUCCAACGCGAUAUUCUGGCUGCUGAGCUAGCCCUGAUCACCGUCCGUGCCAGCAAGCUUACAGCUGGCGAGCUGGCAAAUCGCCAACUCUCACACACCAAAGUUCCGCUAUCCGAAUUGGGCAGCGACUCUCGCGGGCCUAAUGGAUCGGAGCUGAAGGCUGUGCGCCGUCUACACACCUUAGUUGUCUCCUUCGAAACUCGAUUCUACAGAAAUAGCUACUUUUACCAUGGGUCCGACAGUCAAACAAACAACCCACCGGAAGCUGCUGAAUUCAAGGAUCAAUGGACAUGUAGCUUGCACCGUGGCCUAUAUCGCAGCUUCAUUGUAUCUGUCAAUCUAUUGAGCGUCUACUUUGAACCGUAUUUAGCUACUGCGGCAAGCACUGAACCAGAGAUACAGCAGUUGGGCGACGUCGACGCGCCAUCGGAGGCCCAGUGGGCAUUUCUGCGUCGGUUUGCUCCCUAUAAUCACAAAUUGGAUGCAGACGCGGAUCAUGCGGCGUUUGGGCGACUGGCCGAUACCGAGCUGCGAGCUCAUAUGAAACAGAUCUUUGAUCUUACUAUGGGUCGCGCUAAGAGUUGCGAUGGUAGACGCAGACUUCAUCUGGAAUGUGAAGAUGAAGACGAGCUUGCGCUGGAGACAGGGCCAUGUCCCGUACAGCUGAGCGGAUACAGCCAUGCAGACGCCCAUAGCGUUGCUUUGGAAGUUAUGCAAAUGCUUUGGGCUUCUGGUAACAAGAAAACUAGGCUUUUGUUUGAUCAUGAGGAUCCAGACACGGAGUUGUCCGUUGGUUCCAAUGGUAGCUUUACACCAGGGCUAUGCAAGGAAGAAAACAUACCAUGCAAUGAUGACGCAGUCAGCAUUGGCCUUGCUGCAACGUACUGGCCGAGGCUAUGAAAACACUCGGCGCUCUGAGGACGAAAAUAUUCACCCACUUCCAUUCGCGUAUAAGUCCUUUUACAUCCGUUAUUGUUUGAUGAAUAUGGCAGUAGUGACUUUGACAAUUGGGAUGCAUUUCUCAGAAACCUCAGCAUCUUUGCCUCGGACGAGGUUCCAGACCGCAACCCCUAUUAUCCCGGUGGAGGCAAAUUUGACUUGGCUGGC